CCCACAAAUCGCCCGCUUCAUUAUCUACCCGUACCCCGCCGCCUCGAGCACAUCCCCUGUCUUCUACCUACAAUCGCACGACGCACACCCCCAUAACAUGACCUACCCCUCUCAAUCCCCAGCCUCCUCCACCGCCCUCCAAUUCGCCAUCAACGCCCUCCCCAGCCUCACCCGCCCCCGGCCGCUAACCUCCACCUGCCCGCGCCCCAUCCCAAACUCCUACUGGGCCACGCCGCUGCUGCUCGCGUGCGAGUAUCCAUGGUCGCCGUACUGCUCCCGCCCGACGCAAAAGCUCGACAUCCUCCUCCAGGCCGGCGUGCGCACCUUCAUCGACCUCACCGAGUCCGGCGAGCUCUCGCCCUAUGCCCCGCACCUCGCCUCCCGCGUCGCCCAGGCGCACAUCGACGCCGACGCGGUCGAGUACCACAGCUUCCCGAUCCACGACCGCUCGCUGCCCGAGUCGGUCGAGUACGUCUACCGCAUCCUCGAGGUCCUGCGUGACAACGAGCGCCGCGGGCGUAUCACCGCCGUGCACUGCCGCGGCGGGAUCGGCCGCACGGGGCUCGUCGUCGGCUGCUGGCUCGUCGAGGGCGGGACCGCGGGGAACGGGGAGGAGGCGCUCAGGAUCAUCGCGGACGAGUGGAAGACGGUCGAGAAGUGCAGGCGGUUCCCGCACAGCCCCGAGACGGGCGCCCAGUUCGACUUUGUGAAGAACUUCGUCCGCCUGCCGUCCGAGUCGCAGGCGCUCACGGCCCACUGAGCGUCGCGCAGACCGUGAAGGCCAGUCGCACGCCGUCGUUGUCGUUGUCUUUUUUUUUUGUUUGCUCUCGCUUGUCCGGUCCUGGUUUCUCGCUUUUUUAAUAGUUCGUCUCGGUCACCUUCAUCCUUCUACCCCUACCCCUACUCCUCAUCAUCACCAUAGUCUCAAGCCGCUGGACUUUCAUCAUAAUACCCGUGUAGCAGCUAGCCCGUAUCUUAUUCUACGGAAUAACAGUGCUCCAGUUUCCUUUUU